AUGAAUGUGGAAACAGAGCCCUUUACCAAAAAGAAGAAGCACAUUAUUUGUAUGGCAUCAGACUUCUUUUAUCCAAAUACGGGUGGAGUGGAGGAGCACAUUUACAAUUUAUCACAAUGUUUGAUAAAACAUGGCCACAAAGUUAUUGUUAUCACACAUUGUUACGAAGAAAGAGUAGGCAUCCGCUACUUAACACAGGGUUUAAAGGUGUAUUAUUUGCCUAUACGAGUAUUUUACAGUCAAUGUGCACUGCCAACAAUGAUCUGCAACAUUGCGAUAGUGCGUUACAUUCUAAUAAGAGAGCGUAUAGAGAUCGUACAUGGCCAUUCUGCUUUUAGUGUCCUCGCUCAUGAAGUAUCAAUUAUAGGUAAAUUAAUGGGCUUGAAAACUGUUUUCACAGACCACAGUCUAUUUGGCUUCGCUGAUAUGUCUGCAGUUCUAACAAAUAAGUAUUUACAAAUGUGUUUAUGUGAGUGUGAUCACUGUAUAUGUGUAUCUCAUACAGGUAAGGAAAACACUGUUUUAAGGGCCAAAGUAAAGGCACAUAAAGUGUCUGUUAUACCAAAUGCUGUUGAUGCAUAUGCAUUUACACCUGACCCCAGUCAAAGGGACCCUGACACAAUUACAAUAAUUAUUAUAUCACGGCUAGUUUACAGAAAAGGGGUAGAUUUAAUGGCAGCAGUAAUUGCUGACAUGUGUCCUCGUUACUCUAACAUAAGAUUUAUUGUUGGCGGCGAUGGUCCUAAAAUGUGGUUAUUACAAGAGGUGAGAGAAAGAAAAGGUUUUCAGCACUGCGUUACUCUACUAGGCAGCCUUAAACACUCGGAAGUAAGAGAUGUUUUAGUAAAGGGAGAUAUAUUUCUUAACACCUCCCUGACAGAAGCCUAUUGUAUGGCAAUUGUUGAAGCUGCGUCAUGUGGCUUAAAAGUAGUUUCAACUAAAGUGGGUGGAAUUCCCGAAGUGUUACCGGAAGACAUGAUUUACUUAGCCGAGCCAAAUGUUUCCAGCAUUGUUGAUAGUGUGGAACAAGCUAUAAAAGAUCUUAAAGAUGGGAACUUUUUGUGUCCAUAUAAGUGUAACAAAAAUGUAAGAAAAAUGUACAAUUGGAUGGAUGUGACAAGGAGGACUGAGAUAGUGUAUGACAAAAUAAUGCUAAACAAAAUAAAACCUCUUGGGUUGCAGUUAAAGAGUUACCUCUCCUGUGGAGUAUGGCCAUUCCUUUUAGUUAUUAGUUUAAUGUAUUUAUUAUUGCAAUUAGUCGAGCGCAUGUAUAAAAGAAAAAAUAUUGAUAUUGCUCGUGAUUUGAAAUUAUGA